AUGGAAUUGAAGUUAGAGAUCCAAGCCUUUUCACCUCCCUUACUGUCACCGGUUCGAUUGGAAGAGAUGAAGGGUUUGAUGGGUGGCUAUGGCGUUGCCCUCAUUGUGGUGGUGUCGGUGUUGAGUUUACGUACGUCAUCGGAGCAACUCAGUUCGAGAGAAUGCGAGAAUCUUGGUUUCACUGGACUUGCCUUGUGCUCUGACUGUAACACUCUCUCCCAGUAUGUCAAAGACGAAGAGUUGGUAUCGGAUUGUCUCAAGUGUUGCACGGAAGACUCCGAUGAUGCCACUACCAAGAUUACGUACUCUGGAGCUUUGCUGGAGGUCUGCAUGAGAAAACUUGUUUUCUACCCUGAAGUUGUUAGCUUUAUUGAAGAGGAAAAAGAUCAAUUUCCAUCAGUAAAAGUUCAAUACGUUUUUAACUCUCCACCAAAGCUGAUUAUGCUGGAUGAUGAGGGUCAACAAAAGGAAACAAUCAGGAUUGAUAAUUGGAAGCGUGAGCAUAUACUGCAGUUCCUGCGAGAGAAGGUGAAGCGUCUGGCUUCUGAUUGAGAAUCUUUAAUCCGUUGUUUGGCAUGUCAUAGAGUUAUUCCCAUUUACAGAAAAAAAAAGUGGGGAGUAUAUACAGUGCGACUUUGAGAACUGCCCUGUUUACGAGUGACCUGAAUAACAUAAAAAUUUUCAUUAUUCUGGAUUUUCAAUUCGACGAUUUACUUUUUCGAGAUUUUGUGGCAGCUGUAAAAAUGACAACUGCAGUUUUGUAUUAUUUCACUGGGACAAGACAAACACGUUUCUGUUAAAAUUCGGGAAUAGAUAAUGUAAUUCAUUUUUAAAAUAGAUAAUGUAAUUCAUGUUUUUUGGGAA